AUAUGUUUUCCAGGCGUCGACAGGCGUCAGUCAGUUCGAGGUUUUACAUUGUUUCGAAAGGAUAAUCAAUAUGAAGUACUUGUUGGUGAUCAGUUGCCUCCUUUUUGUCACGGAUGUGAUUCGUGCCAAUGAGGAUAUAAUAAAAGUUCUAGAGGAAUUCGUUAAACCUUGUGCCCAAGAAAACAAAAUUAUGCCAGAGGAACUGUCAAAGUUUGACGACAACGAAUUGGAAGGCGAAGAUAGAACUAGAUUUGGUUGCAUGAAGGCUUGCAUGAUGAAACAGACAGGAGUUGUGGUCGACAAUGAAAUUCAAGAAGACAAAUUCCGAGAAAUCAUGACGAAGAUAAAUGGCGAGGAUCCGGACAAAAUAACCGCACACGUGGAGGUAGCGAAAGCAUGUUUCGAGGAAGUGAAAGAAAAUACUGACGAAUGCGAGCUCGCGUACACAUUUGUACGCUGUAUAGACCUGAAAACCCCUGCCUGAUCGAGGAAUCCAUUAUUCAAAUUACAAGGAAGAAUACUUUUAAAUAAAUAUUAAUUAUUGUACGACUGUAAAGAUUCAUAAAAGUAGCGAUUAAAUGAAAAUUUGACGUUCAAA